UCUUUAAAACAAGCUAGCCCACGCCUCGAAAAGCGGCUUGUUCCGGCUUGCCCCUUUACAUCUUUUUAUCCUUGCUCACAACAUUAAAAUAGUACCUUCCGAAAGUUACGCCGCUUCGUUUCUGCCAAAAAACAGUUGGACCCCCCCCUCACAAAAUCACAUUUAAGCCGGAGCAAGAAUGAUGCAGAGCCGUGCAGCAGCAACCGCAACCGCAGCAGCAGCAGCAGCAGCAGCAACAGCCUGGAUGUGAGGUUCAGACACCAUCACUGCCGGCGGAGCGAUACCACCAUCUCUCCUCUGCGUUGACUCGUCAGUUUGGAGGGUGUGUGGCCCAAACGUACCUGAGCGAAAGUGUUCGUCACUUUGGAGCAUGAGGCGGAGGAUGAAAACGGGACCCGAGGCACCUGUCUGGAAAGCGCUGAAAUGAGGGACCCGCUCCUCCAUCGGCGACGAGACUAACCCCGGCUGUUUCUCAACUGAUGACUUUAUUUUCAUCCUUUUUAGAAGGGUUCAGCCAGGGCGUGAAUAUGUUUACUCCGCUGCCGCUCUGGAGUAGCGCCUGAGGUGCACAUUGACAUGCAUUCUUCCUGAGCUGGCCGGCGAAUCCCCCUGCGGCUAGGCAGCAGGAUGCCUGUGCAGGCGGCCCAGUGGACUGAGUUCCUGUCCUGCCCCAUCUGCUACAAUGAGUUUGACAGCAGCAGCCACCAGCCCAUCAGUCUGGGCUGCUCUCACACAGUGUGUAAGACCUGCCUGCACAAGCUGCACCGCAAGGCCUGCCCCUUCGAUCAGACCCCCAUCAGCACAGACAUCGACCUGCUGCCUGUCAACUGUGCCCUGCUCCAGCUGGUUGGAGCUCAGGUCCCUGAUGUUCAGCCGGUGAGCCUGAGCACUGCUGCAGAGGCUGGGCACUAUGAAGUCUGCAGAGUGUGUGUGGAAGAACUGGCUCUCUACCUGAAGCCCAUCAGCGGCACUAAAGGUGUGGCGAGCCUGAGUCCGAGCGUGCUCAGUCGGCCCAUGCAAAGGAAGCUGGUGACCUUGGUGAACUGUCAGCUGGUGGAGGAGGAAGGCCGCGUGCGGGCGGUUCGAGCAUGCCGCUCUCUGGGGGAGCGGACAGUAACCGAGCUCAUUCUGCAGCACCAGAACCCCCAGCAGCUGUCUGCCAACCUGUGGGCAGCAGUGAGGGCGCGUGGCUGCCAGUUUCUGGGACCUGCCAUGCAGGAAGAUGCCCUGAAGCUGGUUCUGCUGGCGCUGGAAGAUGGCUCAGCUCUGUCCAGGAAGGUCUUGGUUUUGUUUGUCGUCCAAAAACUGGAGGCUCGGUUCCCCCAGGCUUCGAAAACCAGCAUAGGUCAUGUGGUGCAGCUGCUCUACAGAGCUUCCUGCUUUAAGGUGACGAAGCGGGACGAGGACUCCUCGUUGAUGCAGCUGAAGGAGGAGUUCCGUAGCUACGAAGCCUUGAGGAGAGAACAUGACGCGCAGAUCGUCCAUAUCGCCAUGGAAGCGGGGUUACGCAUCUCCCCAGAGCAGUGGUCCUCUCUGUUGUAUGGAGACCUGGUUCACAAGUCACACAUGCAGUCCAUCAUCGAUAAGCUCCAGUCUCCAGAGUCGUUUGCAAAGAGCGUUCAGGAGCUGACAAUCGUUCUGCAGAGGACUGCAGACCCUGCUAACCUAACAAGCCUUAGACCACAUCUAGAGCUACUGGCCAACAUAGACCACAACCCAGAUGCCCCCUCGCCGUCAUGGGAGGAGCUGGAAAGUGUAACCCUGGCGGUAAAGCUGGUCGUUCACGGACUAGUGGAGUUCACACAGAACUUUAGCAAGAAGAGCCACGACCCCCCACAGCCUCAGGCCAACAGCAAGUACAAGACCAGCAUGUGCCGAGAUCUUCGUCAGCAGGGAGGCUGUCCUCGAGGAACCAACUGUACAUUUGCACACACACAAGACGAGCUGGAAAAAUUUCGACUGAGGAACAAGAAGAGCAGCUGUGUGGGUCGUGCAUUCCCUCUCGCCCCAGGUGUGAUGAAUAAAACAUUCUCGAUGGAGGCCGGCAUCCACACCGACGUAUCUGCAGGGGUGGGGUCGGACCUGAAAGGCACGGCGGAGAAAGCAGGGGCCAAGAUGGAGGGGGUUCCUGGUCUGGCUCACCAGUCCCUGAUCUCCAGAGGCACGGACAGGAAGAGACCCGUGCCAAACGGAAUCAGCGGCGGGGGUAACGGGGUACCAGGAACCAACAGAGCUUCAGCAGGAUCAUCCGACCCGAAACCCGCCUCCCCUCCCGGGACGCCGGCCAGCCUCUCCUCCUCGUCCUCCCCGUUGAGCACAGUGGGCCGUGUUGAAAGUGGUGCUCCUUUACCCCGCCACGGCCACUUUAUUCUGCCUUCAUCACAUCCGUCUCAGGUGUCCGAGCUGUACUACCAAGAGCCCCAUCCUGCCUUUGACACAGGCCACUAUCAACCAACCUCAGGUUCCUAUUAUCAAUCUUCUCUUCAUCCUCCUCACAAGCCUUGCAUGGCCCGCUUCCUCCGGUCGUCCAAUGUGCCCGAAUCUUCCCUGCCUCCAUCCAUGGGUCCUUCACACUCUCUUUAUCCCAACGACCCUCAGGCGCCACACUCACCCACUUCUACAGGAUACCCUUUGCACUCGCCCAGAGACCGAAUGGGAGCGCCUGUGUUCCAUUCCCACCCUGGGCAGCCUCAGUAUGGGCCUAUGGCCCACACCGGUGUCUACGCUCCGCUCUAUGACAGCAGAAGAGUCUGGAGACCUCAACUGUACCACAGAGAGGACCCCAGGAGUAACUCUCUGCCUCCAGAGGUGCUGCACUCUUCUGUGUACCAGCCUCCGCUCAGGGAGAGAUUCAACUCUCUAGACAGCAACUACUGUUCUGGAUCUGAACACCGCACAGGGCUACACAGGGACUAUAGCCGUGUUCCUCUGGGCUACGAGGAUCUGUUCAGACGGAGACACGAACAGUGGGCACACCACCACCACCACCAUCACAGCGCCAACAGGCCCUCCCAGUCUUCCCCCAUCUUCGCCAUUGAUUUUGGAAAAGAGCAUGUUGAAGGUGGUGGAGGUCAGUGUGUGGGGUGCAGAUUCAGAGGUGAGGACAGUCUGGCUCACUACUCUCCUUGGUCCUGUGGCUCCGUUGGACCCUGUCGGAGUCCCUUCGAGCCUGAAAGUCGUGCACAUGCGCCGGCUCAUUCCUGCUCAGAACGCUCAGACUUGGACAAUCCUGAAGGAGGAGGUGGUGGCGUCAAUGGAGUUGGGAAGAGAUGGCUGCCUUCCUUGGAUCAUUGCCGGCGGUUGAAAGAUGAGGAUCCCAUUAUUCCCUUUAGCGAGGGGCCGAUUAUAUCGAAGUGGGGUGCUAUUUCAAGGGCGUCCCGCACAGGAUACCACACCACUGACCCGGUUCAAGCCACCGCCUGCCAGGGCAGGGCCAGCAGCACCACACCGGUCAACUUUAAAGAUUACAACCCCCGCCUGGAUCACGGUGAAUACAAGUGGAGCUCCAGGGGCUCCGAUUCUUCCAGCCACUCCAGCUUCCUUGAGAGUGAACAUCUGUAUGCAUCCGACCUGCACGGCAGUCGAACGUCAGUCAGCAGUGGAGACAAAAACCUGUGCGACCUGAAAGUCCAUCAGACUCCCUUCAGUCACACGAGGGACGAGAGUGAACUGGACCCAGACCGAGAUAUCGAGCUAGAACUACGCGCACUAAACAUGGAGGACUCGGAACCCCAAGACGUCAAAUCUCAGGAGUCUUUUGAUCUGGCGAGCCCACAAUCUCAGGAUGCUGCCCACCUCCUCCCAUCUCCCUGCUUAUCCCCCCUCCUUUCAUCCCCUGCAGCGGAGCUCCCCCAAACAGAGGAUCCAGUGACAGAAAAGAUGAAUGCCCAUAAGCUUAAAAAGAUGGCUUUUAGAAAGUCUCUGUCUCCUGGAGGACUGGUGUCAGGAGGGUUAGGAGUCGGGAAGCUGGUGCUGAGGACUGGACCUCCUCAGCUUGGCGAUGUGACCAGACCCUGUCCUGAAAAAGCUCCAACAGAGAUGCUGCUCAAUAGAAGCUGAACAGAUCUCUUAGUCUGGCCUUUCCUAAGCCAGAGCUGAGUCGCCUGCCUACAACCAGACCCUGGUUCAGUUCUAGCCUUCGUAAAUAUCGGUCAUGACUCUCAGUGACAUGAUCAAAGAUCCAUCCCAAUGUGAAGGAGAAUACGUUUAGUCACGUUUUAUGCUGACUCGUUAAAUUAUUUGCAGUUAAGAACUGGUUGAUUCAAAAGUAGGUUAAAAUGUUUUUACUAUUAUUGUUUACUACACAAAUUCACAGUUUACCAGUAAAGUCUUUCUUUUUAUUUAGGUUUAACUCAAUUUAGGUCUUUGCAGGUAUCUUUAGGUCACAAUAGAGUUAAUUUCUAUUGGUCCAGUGUUUAUUUAGGUCCUUUGCUUAUUAUUAUACAGAAUAAAACAGAGUUUAGAUUCCAUCUUUUUCAUAAAAAUAGUUUUUAUUUACCCCAUGAAAAGAACAUUUUCUUCUAAAACAUCUUCAAACAUUCUAUAUAAAUUUAUUUUAAACCAAAAAAUGAAUAAUCGAAAAUAUUACCUCUUUAAGUUUACAUAAACACCAUAGGGUUGCCAUGUGUUUUUUCAAAGUAACAAUUUACACUUGAGUCAAUUGCUUAUUCUAAAUUAGAUUUGAGCUUUUCAAAUGGUAACAUUUAUAACUUAAGGAGACAGUGAUUAAUAAAUAUUCACAUAGUUAUUUUUUUAGCUUCAUUUACAAUUUUCAAUUUUCUUCUCAAAUAUUGCUUCCUUUAUUUAGUUUGGAUCAUUUAAAUGCAGGAAUCCAGAUUAAACUCCACUUUAAACAAAAAUUAAAACCCUAAGCGAUUGCCUUAAUAAAACUCUUGUGCCACAGUCUUGUGACUGUGACAUUUUUAAAGCAACACAAACAAUCCACCUUUACCCAUGUCAUGUGUGGUGCUUCCAUUAAAUUCUUUUUUUCCACAAAAAAAAAAACAAUUCUAAACUAUAGAAGUCACUUUGUAAAAAGGAAAACACAAAACCACCGCAAGACAUUUCUGUUUUUAAUGUGGUGAUCAUCAAAAAAACCUGUUCUACGAUGAAGUCUGCAUUCCACCAGUGGAUAUCAUGACACAAAGACUCGGCCGUGAACCUCAUGUGGGAGCCAUCAUUCACCUCUGCUAGUCACAUAUCAAGCAGAAGCAACGUUUCUUUAAUUUUUCUCUACAAAUAUACCAGAUUUUUAAAAAUCUUUUGAAGCAUAAGUUGUCAAGGCGCACUCUGAGCUGUUUUGGCAGCCGCUCUGCACUUGUUCUGGUAUGGACACUUUAGCCGAUGGCUCAUGGAAAGUUCACUGUCUGAAACUUUUUAUUCUUGUUAAAAACAAACUUUAGCUUUGUUUCACCUGUGUUCUUUUUGGCAUUAAUGUUAUCCCUUAAACUCAGCUCUGAAAAUGUCCUUUUUUAAAUCUAUGUAUUUACUUCUUCAUGCUGUCCAUCACACUCCAGUAUUUAAAGGUAAAGUUACAACCAUUUAUUGUUCUGUACUGACUCCAAACCUUUGUGUUUAUCUUGUUUUUAGCAUCUCUGACUUCUGGGAAGUUAAGUGUCAAGGUUUGGGUUCGGGUUAGAAAAACAAAACCUAACAGAGUUUUUGUACGAUUCCAGUCUUCGUCUGCCGACCAUCAGAUGUUCGGUCAUCUAUACUGUGUGAUCCACCAGAGCGUGCCUCGCUGUACGUUUUUUUUUAUUUUUUCAGGCUACUCUAACUGCAGGGUUGAUUUCCAUCCCGCUGUGCCAAAUUUCUCACUUAAGGAGAAAAUGUAAACACAAAAAUUUAAAUCUAUAUCUGAAAUUAAGAAAGGAAGAAUGAGGAGUCUUUUUUUUUUAGCUGCCAUCUUAAAGUGGCUCAGUUGCUGUUUUUUGUUUUUAUUAUUAUUAUUGCUGCUGUUCCUUGUAUUGCUCUUAGAAAUGUCUUGCAGGGUUCACUUCAGACUCUGAAAGGCCAGAGCUGGUGCAGGUGAUAAACUGCACCCAGUGUUAAAGAUUAACUCUGCUAUCCACUGGCAUCCUGCUUCUGUUUACAACUUCACCUUUGAAGUGCCAAGUUGAACAAUACAAUCAGUCCCUGCGGUUCUCCUACACCCUGUCAUAUUCCUUACCUGUAAGCUGGAAGGAAAGAGGAGUUCUUCUCCUGUAAUUCUGCUUUGUUCCACUAGAGGAGGCCAGAUUGCUGUCUGUGUUUCUCACUCAGGGAAGAUUUCAUUUGCUCAGCUACCUUGCCUUUUCAUCCACUCAUAUUUCUGUUACUCCACAGACUAUUUUAUUCAAGGGUUUAUCUUUUUUAUUUUCUCUUUUCAGCCAACGCCUCACUGUGCUCAAAGGUUCUAUUGUGUUUUUGCCUCAAUCAGUAUCAAUAUCAGCUUUGCUGCUAGUGUCUUGACAAGGGCUGGACACAUACCAGCGUGUAUGUAGAAACAGUAUUGUAACUAUUGACGUAAAGUCAAAGUCACCCCCCCCCCUUCCCAUACGUACACACAUUCUUUAAGAAGUGUGUAUGGCGCUCUGCUGUCGUGGCUAAAUGCACUGAACAAAAUUCCACCCCACUCACUGCCAGCGAGCGCCCCCGAAUACCCCCGUCCUUUGAGCAUCCUGUAUCGUGCAUGCAAUAUAGUCCCUCUUGUGAUUGCGGAGGAGUACGGACGAUUCUGUAGUUGUGAUACAACACACCCAGCGCUGUUAAGAGUUCUGCACAUGCCCACUGUGUGGCCACGUCAAGUGCUGAAGUUUGCUUGCAGCAUUUUAAUUGCUCGCUCAUGAAACAGAUUUAUUGUUUGAUAGAAAUGAUAUUGUUCUUACUAUUUAAACCACAUUUGGUUGUUGUUGUAUUUUUCUUUCUCACUAUAUUCUUGUUUACUUUUAAGUUUAUUGAAACUGUUUUUUAUUAUUAUUACUAGAUGGGAAGUGUCUAGUUAUUCUAUAUUAUAUGGAGAAAAAAAGGCUUGUUUGUGUAACAGGAUGAACUGAUGUUUUUUGACUAUUCAUGUCUGUAUUAGACAUUUUGAUUUGCAAAUCUAUUGUUCGAUUGAAAUGUAUAUGAACUUUUAUGAGAUGGUACACAUCUGUCAUUGUAUACAGUCUGGCACCAUCAUUAGAUGGACUUAUAGUAUUAAUGCUCAUUUGUACGACCUCUUAUAAUCCAAUAUAUUUAAGUAUUUAAAUUACUGGGACAGCUGUUUAAUGUUUUGAAACAAGGAAAGUGCAAUCCUUAAGAGACAGUAUAUCAAACGUCCCAAAAAUGUAAUAAAAAUGUUAUGUAUUCCAUUUAUUUCCUUGGAAAUAUCAAUUUGUGAAAGGUUUCCCUUUUACUUACUGUACUGCAGGACUGGAGUAAACUCACGGUGAUGAUGAUUUAUGUGUUAUUAAUAAUAGAUAAAGCUGUUUGAGCUUUGUUUCAUUGAUUUGUCUGUAUUUUUUUGACUUGUUUAGCAAGAUUACAUUGGCCAGCAGACACUUGGCCGAGCAGCUGUCUGCUUCUGUAUUGCACUGAAAGAGGAAGUUUCAAGCAAACUGAGUUGCAUGCUUUAAUAAAUUUGAAACAACAGUA